GGCUGCGGCUGGGUCUGGGCUGGGGCGCUGGCCCGCGMGCUCGGCUUCCUUCUCUGCGCUCGGGUCCCACGCCCAGCUCGGCCAUGAACCGGUGCUCCGAGGCGGCGGCGGUGGCGGCCACCGUGCCAGGCUCGGGCGUCGGGGCCGCAGAGCAUCGGCCGCCCAUGGUGCCCCGCCAGGCGUCCUUCAUCCCGCCGCCGGUGCCCAACCCCUUCGUGCAGCAGACGGGGCUCGGCACGGCCAGGCUGCUGCAGGCUUUCCUUCUUGGAAUCGUCCUGCUCCCACUUCGGCUCAUUUUGAUUGGAUUGCUUUUCUUAUUAUCUUGGCCAUUUGCCGCCGCUUUCAUAGCUUGCUGUCCCGAGAAGCCGACUUACCCAGUGACCGACUGGAGACGGACACUUACUCAUUUGGUUUUGAGGUAUCUGGGUUACGCCCUCUACUUUUCCAUGGGAUUUAAAGUGAGUGUGAAAGGAAAGGCUGCCAGCGCUUUGGAAGCACCCAUUUUUGUUGUCGCCCCUCAUUCGUCCUUCUUUGAUGGGAUUGCCUGUAUUGUGUCUGGACUGCCUUCGUUGGUGUCUCGGUAUGAAACUGUCCAGAUCCCUAUGAUUGGCAGUCUCUUACGGGCUGUGCAGCCAGUGUUGGUGUCCCGUGUGGAUCCGGAUUCCCGAAAGAACACAAUAAAUGAAAUAGUAAAGCGAGCGACCUCCGGAGGGGAAUGGCCCCAGAUACUAGUUUUCCCAGAAGGUACUUGUACUAAUCGCUCCUGUUUGAUUACUUUUAAACCAGGAGCCUUCAUUCCGGGAGUCCCCGUGCAGCCCAUCCUCCUCAGAUACCCCAACAAGCUGGAUACUGUGACCUGGACAUGGCAAGGAUAUACAUUCAUCCAGCUCUGUGUGCUGACUUUCUGCCAGCCCUUCACAAAGGUGGAAAUCGAGUUUAUGCCUGUUCAAGUACCAAGUGAUGCAGAAAAAAACGAUCCUGUCCUUUUUGCCAAUAGAGUCCGCAAUUUAAUGGCAGAAGCUCUGGGGAUACCCGUGACAGAUCAUACCUAUGAAGACUGCAGAUUGAUGAUUUCAGCAGGACAGCUAACAUUGCCCAUGGAAGCUGGGUUGGUGGAAUUUACUAAAAUUAGCCAGAAAUUAAAAUUGGAUUGGGAUGGCAUCCGUAAGCAUCUGGAUGAAUAUGCAUCCAUUGCACGUUCCUCAAAAGGUGGAAGAAUUGGAAUUGAAGAAUUUGCUGAGUAUUUAAAAUUACCUGUUUCCGAUGUCUUGAGACAACUUUUUGCUCUCUUUGACAGGAACCAYGAUGGCACCAUCGACUUCAGAGAGUACGUGAUUGGCCUGGCYGUCUUGUGUCACCCGGCCAACACAGAGGAGAUCAUCCAGGUGGCAUUUAAGCUCUUUGAUAUUGAUGAGGAUGGCUAUAUAACAAAGGAAGAGUUUUCUACCAUUCUCCAGGCUUCCCUGGGGCUGCCCAACCUAGAUGUUUCGGGUCUCUUCAAGGAGAUUGCCCAAGGAGACUCUGUUUCCUAUGAGGAAUUCAAACGUUUUGCCUUAAGACAUCCAGAAUAUGCUAAGAUAUUUACAACGUACUUAGACCUCCAGACAAGCCAUGUGUACUCACUGCCCAGGGAAGUCCACACAGCUGCCUCGGUUGCAAGUAAUAAAGUCUGUCCUGAAGAUCAUGAAGAUAGGACCUCGGACAAAAAAGAUGACUGAAAGCAGCACCCCAUGAAGAAUAUUGAAAGUAUAAAAGCAUUUAUUGAUAGUAUUUCCAAUGGGCAUGUGAGGAAUGAUAUUUAAAAYGGGAAGCUUUUUUAUACACAUGAUAAGAUUUCUUACUAAAAAUGCUUUUAUUAACUAGCAGAUAUGAAGUGGCAUUCCUUCUCUUCUUUGUUAUAUUAUGCUUUACUGGUUUGUUUGCCAGUGAUAAAUACUGUAUAUUUUUAUGGAUUUUCCAGUUUCAUUAGCGUAAYCAAAUGAAUACACUGGCAAUCCUAGUUACUGGUCAGCAAUAAUCAACACUGGAAAGAGUUUUAAAAAAUACAAACACUGUUUAAUCCACUUUCCUCUA